AUGUCCUAUUUCACCUCCUCUAAUUCCCCUCUAACCUUUUUUCUACCUUGCUUUUUUCACCUUUCUUGCCUCGGACAUUACACUUUUAAUAACUCUGGUACGUCCCACUGUCAGUCUCUUGAUGCUCAGAUUGACCAGGCUAAAGAAUCCUUAAAAUCUGAAAGUUCCCAAAGUCCUAAUAAAGAUGCUUUAAAUGCCCAAAUUAAGCAGCAUGAAGCCUCUAAAAAAGAGUGCGAAAAAUAUCAUUCCCUUUCUGAGUCUGACAGGACUGCCCAACUUAAGGACAUCCGCUCCAGGAUGGUGUCUCUUGCUGAGCUCAGUGGGAAGCUUGGCCAAUUUAUUGGCAAUUCUGACGCUGUUACUGACGCCAUUAAAAAUGGUAUUGACAGCAUUAUUAACAGUGAUGAAGAGUUCAAAAGCCUUAAAAACUCUCAGUCUUCGCCUGCGCAUUCUCCCACUUCCGUGUCUGCUGUGUCUAUAGAUGAUGCUGAGCUUACUCAGCAAAUUAGGCAUUAUGAAGAGCAAAUAAAGCUUCUUGAAGAACGUCAAAAUUCCCCGAAUUCUCCCCUCUCCUCUGAAGAUUCUCGCCUUUUAUCCUCUCAUCAGUCCAAGUUGGAUGCUCUUCAGAGGCUGAAGAGCCUUAAUGAGUCUUUUGAAUCUCUUAAAAGUCCACAAGAUAAACCUUGUGAAACAUUGUUAAAUAACCUGUGCUCCGGCCUGGAGAAGUUCCUUGGUUACCAAGAAACUUCCAAAGGCUACGACGGCACUGGCAUCGUGUACUCGGACCUUGACAGGCUGUGCGACGGGGUGAUGUCUUUCCUUCAUGGUGUUUUACAUAGCAUUAAACCUAAAUUAGGCUUACAUAAAGACACUUUAGAUAGCGCACUUAAGUCACUUAACAACAAAAAUGAUAAUGGUAUUGCUAAAUACAGGACGGCGAUAGCCGCGGUGGUUAAGGGGGUACAUGAAUAUAAUGAGAAAGUGGCAGCGUCGAAUGAGAGUGUGAAAAGUGUCAUCACUGAUCUACAUAAAUAUACACAUAGUGAUAGUAAGUUACGUGUAUUUCUUAAUAAUUUGCAGACUGCGCAUAAUCGAAGGGACACGGGAUACCAGUUGGCCAAGGCUCAGGUGGAAGAGAAACUUCAAGAAUGCCAAGAGCAAGCAAAAAAAUUCACAGAUAGCUUAGACACUGAUAACACUAAAAACACACUUAAUGACUCAAUUAACGACUUGAAUGAUAAUUUGCGUGUCACACUUAGCCAUGUGCGUAGCACUGUAGCGUACGAAGCGAAGCGGCUUGGGGAGGUGAAGGAGGCAAAAGCUGCGGAGUUUAGUGAUACGAAGGAAAAGAUCACGGCGACUUUAAAAUCCAUGAAAGUUAGCGUCGAUUGUAAAAUUGAUGCGCAGAUUAAGGAGCUGAUUAGCAAGUUGAGGGAGAGGGUGAAUGCAAUUUUGAAGGAACUCAACAAGAUUAAUAAGGAUUUGAUUCAGUACGUUAACGAUUUGUAUGACUGGCUAAUCGCAGCGGAAAAGAUUUUGGAGAACGCUCUGAGGAAUGUUCAAACAAUAUUAAAUGAACUUGACGGCGACCCGAGUAGGAAGCCUAGACGGGUCGAGGAGGUAGUUGAGAAUAUUAGAAUGAAUGCUCUGUUGCUUUACGAAGCCGCAGCCGCGGCGAGGAAACAGGUAACCGAUUUGGUUAAAAACACAAAAGAUCAGGAAGUGACGAAAUUAGACGCUUGGAAGCAGGCUGCAACCAGCGUGAUAGAGAAGGCGAAUAAAAAGUGCAUUCAAGUUUUGGAGAGAGUGGAUGACAACUCUAUGAGGGGUGGGCAGGAUAGCAUUAAACGGUAUGCUAACAGAUUAAAGCAAAAAGGGCUUGACCUUCUGAAGGCGGCGAAUGCAGCAAAAGAGGCUGUAAAGCAGAAGGUGGACGAGGCACUGAAGGCUGUUGUGGAAAUGGACGGAGAUCUCAAGAGGGAUUUGAAGAGUGUGAAAGAUAAGAUUAAGGAUGGGAUAGGGAGUGUGAUCGAGCAGUUGGAAGUUGAGAGACUGGAUGAGAAAGUGAAGAGUGAUUUGCAGAGUUUGAAGGGGAAUAUUUUGAAGCUUAACCAGCAGGUUGAUACUAGUAAUGUCGACAGUGGCAUUGUAAGUGGUCAAUUGAAAGAGCUUAAAAGUAAGAAGGAUGACUUGGAUAAGGAACAUAUUAACAAAAUUACGAAGGCGUCGGGUGAGCUUGAAGUUAAUUUUAAGACGCAUAUCCAGAGUCCGCUUAACGAAAAAGUCAGUGAAGUUGACUCGGCGAUUGGGAAGCUUGGCGGGAAGUUUGAAGCCAAGCAGAAUCUUAAUGAUAUUUUCGGGUAUAUUAAAGGAAAGGUUGGGGAGAUUAAGGGGACGGAAGGCACGGGAACAGGUUGGCAAAUUGAUGGUGCCACAGGUCUGACGGGGAUCGAGAAGGGAUUGGAGCAUUAUUUUAAUUUUUUCCAAGGUCAAUUCGACAAAGCAGUCGGCGGUUGGAUCGAUGAUAUUCUUGCUCAUAACGGCCUGGUUAAGAGACUGCUUGGGUGGCAGGGUAAGGGGGAAAAUGAGCUUGAGCAGGAGCUGAAAAACAGUGGUCUCGGAGGCUUAAUUAGGGAAGCGCUGGAAGAACAAAUUAAGGCAGCGCAAGCAGCGUUCACAAGUGGACAACCACCUGCCACCGGCAUUAUAGGAAAAAUCGCACAGGUCAAGCAGGCCUGCGAACUGUUUGCCCGGAGGCUUGACGACGAAUUGAAGAAGGAUCCGGAGAGUUAUGGCGUUUUACAUUUGGCCUUGAAGGCUAAGGAGGCGUUGAAAGGUGAGAGAUUACAAAGCACAAAAAGCAACUUACAAGCCGCAUUAAGAGCCGCACAAUGCCGCUGCGGAGGCUGCAGUGGCGGUAAGUGUCUAGACUGCAAUAAAGCAGACUGCAACCUCACGCAAGCCGUCGCCACCACCCUCGUUGCCGUGUCCUCGGUGAGCAGGCAAGUAGGCAAGGAGCUCAAUUCGGUGUUACUCGGAGAUGGGACCGGAAAGAUAAAUAUCGCAGACCUGUUGGAUAAAGCCAAAAAGGCAACUAAGCAGCUUCACGGUCAGCUUACCCAGGCGACUAACCCCGUUGGCACCCCCAAGGAAAGCCCCGCCAAAGCCGUGGACAGUAAGUUGAAGGAAGUGAGAGAAUUCGUUGAAAAGCAGCUUGACACUAAAUUUACUGAUGUCAAGAAAGAGCUUCAAGAAGCAGUCGACAAGCUUGACAGUGAAGUUAACGCUUUCAACUCCACCGCCGAAGUACAGAUCAAGGCUGCGGCCAGCACGGCGAUUGGCGAAGCCGUUAAACAGUUUGAGGUGAACGAUAAGGUUCCGACUGAGAUUAGCGUGGAGAAAACGAUGAAUACAUUCAGCCGUGUCUACAAUGAUAUCAAAAGUAAGCUCCCAGAGGAACUUAAGAAGCAAGUUGAUGAGCACAUUGGGAAGGAUUAUGGGAUAGGUCUUCCGCCAUUCUUUACAUUAGAUAAAGUUCUCAUGACUAAUACAAAUUUUAAUCUUUAUGAUAAGCACGUUAAACAAGAAAAGAUUAGAACGCUUUUAUAUGGUAAGUUAAGGGGUGUCGCAGACGAAGGCCAACUUCCAGUGGCGAUCGGGGACAUCAAGACUGUGGGCCUGAAAGAGCUUAACAUCAUCGAUCCAAAUCACAGUGGCCAUGAUAAAAUUGACCAAAAUACCUUCACCAUUCCGUUCGCCGAAAUUGAAAAAGAGCUCAAAGCCAUCUCCUGGUACGUCGACAGCGGCAACAAUAAGCAGUGGCCGACUGAGCUGGGGAAGCAACCGACCGACACCGAUGGCAUCAGACAGCACUUGACAAAUCUGACAACUGGGCUCGGCAGUGAAGCAAGUUGGGCGCGCACCUCCAAAGGCCUCAUGAAGAUCAAGCAGGAAAUCACCGACGCGCUCGAAGGGAUUAAGACCAAGGUGGAGCAGGAUCUUGCCGAUAUCGAAACCUUUAACGACCACGUAAUGGUGAAGUUCGGCGAAUUUGGCAACAACCUCGCCAGCUUAUGCUACGAAAUCAAGAACGCCGCCGGAGAUGGAGAAGGCGUCAAGGGACGAUUGCAGGAGCUGAAGGACAAGUAUUUUAAGCAAGCUGCAGAUUACUCUAAAGAGGCUCGCGACAGCAUCAGAAGAAUUCACUGUGAUCUGAGCACUCUUCAAAAGAACCUUGCAGAUGGCCCCCUCAAGAACGCCGCAGAAUUCAUCACAUUCUGCUCCGAGGCCGAAAAACACUUCACAAAACUGUUGAAAGAGGAAAUCGAGAGGGACGUCCAAAACGCGAAGGAUGAUCUCAUCGUCCACGCCCGCAAACAGUACGUCGAAGCAAUAAAAGGCUUGUUAACGAAAUUCGCCGAGAAAGUUCAGAGCGAAUUAAAAGAUCUGCCCGAAGCAAUAAAUUAUGAUUUAACGAUAGGUCAUAAGGGUCUGAUGAAAAAACUCAGCGAUGAGUUUGUUGACGGAGUAAAUGAUCUUUUCCCUAAAUCAUCCGUUCGCUCCCAUCGGACCACGGAGCAGAAGCUCCACGAGCUGGUCACGAAAGUAAGAGACAGCUUUACAAAAUUCUUCGUAUCAUUUACAUUUCAGGAUGAAAUCAUCGACAUGCGCGAAGAUCUGGGGAACGUCAUUGACUCUCUUGAUUCCCUUCUUUCCCAGCUUGUAUCCGCUCAGCACUUCAGUGAUCUCGUCACUAGCAAGAGGGAAGCUUUUGAAAAAUCCCUUCAUGAGUUCUAUCCCGAUACCAUGGAUGACGCACGGAAGAGACUGUUAACGCCUCUAAAGCAUGGGUUCGAGGCGUUUGUGAAGGAGCUUGCAAAACAGUAUCUCUCUGUGUACUGCCGACAGGACUGGGAUGAGGAGGAAAAGGAUAAAUACGCCAAAGUAUGCCUUACAGUCUUUUACACCCUAAACUCCACCUUGCAAAAAUUGGAGCAGAAUUGCGGCAGUAAUUGGCGUGGAGACAGUGUUACUAAAUCCACAAAGCUCGGACAGUUCCUGGCCGACCAAGGUUACGAUGUCUCAAAGUCCGCGUCGGAACAAAAUGGUGAAUUAAAUAAAAACCUUGUCGGUCGAGAGAUUAAGACUUUCCUUGUCGGCUCCGACAAUAAACACGUCUACAAAGCCGAUGGAACUAUAAGCACACUGACAACGCUGUACGAUUAUCUUGAAACAUAUAAUCACGCUUGCCACCUCCGCCACGUAGACGGCGCGAAAGCGCCACUCAGUGUAUUCCAUAUGCUCUCUUGGCUCGCUGGUCUUACAUAUAGUCCCAUGCUCGGCGCAAUGUAUGACCGCUUCAUAUCCUUGUUUGAUAAACCAACAGAAUACAAAGCGCACAGCCACUCUGCCAGUUAUACACUAGAUGCAUAUCCGUCGACUAUCACUGCCGAACAAAUGGAAACGUCCCUGUAUGAUAUUAUGUCACAGUCCCAUGCCGUCCUCACUUCCAUCCUGGGCCAUGGCCAUGCGGGUGGCAUUUAUGCGUGUGAUCAUUUGAACAACAGCAAUAACCUCUUGUAUCCAAGUAGCCCAGGUGCCUGUUUUGACUUGUUAGCUGAAAUAUUGCAGAGACUCAGCCAGCAACUCUGCUUCCUAUACAUCCAGUGUACGUAUCCGAUGGAGCUGGGCGGGUGGUCCGACUGCUCAUACGGCCGCAAUGUAUCCGGCUAUCACUGGCAGUGUAACACUACCCAAUGUCCUAACCAAUCGGGCAACCAAAGUACUAACCAACGCACUGACCAAAGCGGUAACCUAAGUGCUAACCUAGCACCUAACCAAACGUGUGACCAACACCCUAGGUGCGGCGUUAAUUCACCUUUACAGUCCUACUUAGAAGACGGGUUGCCUGGGUUUAUGCCACAUCCAUUCAGCAAAACCGGUUGCCAAAUUUCCUGUCAGAUGCCUAACCACACUGGUAAACCAUGUAAAACGCCGAUGGGCUUUGCCGAUAUUGAGACAGUGGCAUCGCAUAUAAAAACUGGUCAGCAUUUAAAAGAUGCUCUUGCUAAUUUCUGUGGCACAAAAACAUCUUCGCUUAACAGCUUGUGUCGUAUGUUGAAUUGUAUCUUUCCUAGUGCACCAAAAACGCUUGCUGAUAUGUUCUGGUUCUACUAUAGUUUUCUCAAUGAGUGGGAUGGCAAGGGUAGCAGUCAUGUGAAACGUAACAAACACAGGGAAACAGCUUACAGAAAUGCCGUACAAAAUGCAAAUUUCGGAAAUCCAGAUACUGAUUUGGACAUCACUUCCAUGUUCAGCAGCAGUGCUCACGGCUCCAGUAAUGGUGCGCCGCAUCUCCUCGGUGAUCUCUACUCUCUGCUAAAGUGCACGUAUAAGAGAACAAACGAUCCUGCUCACCCCUGCGGUUCAUAUAUCAAACCUCUAUGUCGUGACACCUGCGGCACGUUUGUCGAUAAAUAUGCUGAGAAGCAUCUUUCGACGGUUGUGUAUCAGACAGAAUCAUUCUACGAUUUGCUGAAGCAGUUGUAUGAGGAGUGCAAUAAUAUGUGUGACAAUUCCGGAAUUCUUAUUCAAAAUCCGCGAACCCUUCAUAUGGACUCUGUUAGCCCUCUGGUCGCUCUCGCUCCUGUACCUGCUGCACAUCGCCGUCGUCCGCCUCGACGUGCUGAGGAUACGCUCACACCUGAGAUCACCCGCAAGCCACCGCAUCGCCGCGCAGUCCCUCCUCGCCGCCGCACGCGUCAAGGCACUCGCCAACGUCAAGUACUUCUCACCAUAAUCGUGCCUUCACCCACUCACCCACCCACUCACCCACUCACCCACCCACUCAACCACUCACUCAACCACUCACUCAACCACCCACCCACUCACUCAACCACCCACAUACUCACUCACUCACCUCCCUCCUUCACUGUGUCCAUUUCACCUCCUCUAAUCGCCUUUCAACCUUUUUUCCCACUUUCUUCUCUCACCUCUUUUGACCUCCCUCCUCGGCCUCCUUCGUCGGCCUCCAUCGACUGGCUGAUCCAGAUUAAGCAUGGGAAUGGUCCGGGUGAUCAAGGUCUUGAGCCUUUGGCUGAUGCUUUGAAAAAGUUGAUUGGUGAUGCAAUUAAAAAUGCUACAACUUCCCUUCAACACAAAUCCGACAAGCUCUCUUGCUCCCCAAAUCCACAUGAUCCCAACUCCUACUGUAGACAGCUUGAUGAGCAGAUUAAGUCCACCCAGCAAAAACUUAAUGACGCUAAAAACUCUAAUACAUCUCUAAUAUCCUCUUUAGAAUCACAAAUUAAGCUGUUACAAUCCAACAAAGAUGACUGCACUAAGUCCCAUUACAUGGACAAGCAGCGUGCGUCCUCCCUUGAGGGGGAAGUGCAGCAUGGCAUAGAUGUUAUUGUGAAGCUUACACAGUUUAGUGGCUCUGAAAAGAGCAUUGAAACACUAAUUGAUAAUGAAAUUAAGAGGCUUGAAAAGCAGCAUAAAGACUGUGAAAAGUCUCCGCAGUCUCCUGACUGUGCUCAGCAUAAAAAGCUUGAGGAGCUUCAGAAGAAACGUGAUGAAAUUAGUCAGCAUAAUAACAAUAGUAAUUGUGAAACAUUAUUAAAUAACCUUUGCACAGGCCUCGAAAAUUUUCUCGGCUACGAUAAUGGUAAUUACACCGGAGAAGGGAUUGUGUACUCGGACCUUGACAGGCUGUGCGACGGGGUGAUGGCGUUCUUGCAUUCCGUGCUUAAAGAUGUCCACGCAAAACAGCCAUACAAUGUUGGUAAAAAUGUAUUACGUGAUGAUGUUUUGAGUCAUCUUAGUAGUAAUUUGUGUAAAGGCCAUAAUGGUUUUAAGAGAGUCAUUGAGAAGGUGGCGCAGGGUGUCGGGGGGUAUAAUGCUUUGGUGAGGGAUUCAAAUGAGAAAGUCUCUGCUCCUAUAAUCAAGCUUCAAGAGGAGAUGGAGACGCUGAAAAAAGAGGUGAGUGAUGUGUUUAAUGAUAAUGCUCUUGCAGGUGACCCGGAGCUCAAGACGGCGGUGAGCAAGGCUGACGAGACGGUGCAUCAGGGCAUUGAGCAUGCCACUAACUUCACAAAUAGCAUAACAUCUAGACACAUUAAUAUAAUGAAUUUGAACUCCACAUUAGCUGAUAGCGUUAUACGUGCGUUGAACACUGUGAAACAUGAGAACAGUAGACUCUAUGACUUGUCCACCAAGGAGUGGAAAGACAUGGUCAGUAUGAGAGAUGAAAUAGAGAAUGUGUUUGCAUAUCUUAAAAGUACGGUCAAUGAAAGAAUUACUAACGAAGUAACAUGGCUAGUUGACCAUGUGAAAGAAAAGGUAAAUGAUAUUCUGAAAUUGCUCCAAAAGAUCAAUACGGAACUGGAGCCCUGCGUUACGGCUCUGGUGAUGUGGAUAGAAGAAGCCCAUAAAGAUAUUCACAAAACUCAGCAAGAGGCUCUACAAGUUUUUAACCAGGUGAACGGCGGUAAAGGGAGUAGGAAACAUGACGUUGAAAAGGCUGCAGAAAAGUUGAGGCUUAAGGGUGAAGAGCUUUACUGGAUUUUUGACGUCGCAAAAGCUGAUGUGAGUAGAUUGGUUGGUGAAGCAAAUGAGAAAGUUGGGGAGUUGGACACCUAUCUUCGGACUGGGUUAUACACUGUGAAGACGCAAAUUAAUGACGGGAUGAAACAAUUUGUCCAGGGGUACGUCAAGCAAGUUCAGGGUGCGGUUGGAGGGAUUAAAAGGGGAGUUCAAAAAAAUGGUGAUGCAGGCGCCAUAAAUAAGGAAAGUAUAGAAUUUAAAUGGGAGGAGCUCCAAAAAGAGCUUCAGCAUGUUGUUGGAGAGAUCAAGGGUGAUGGAAAUAAGGGUUACAAUGGCCUUCAAGGAAUUGUUGAUGCCGUAGGUAAGUAUGUGACAACAUUCGACAAGGAUACCUUUGGGAGAACUGUGCAGCGAUGGAUUGGGGACAUUUUGGGCAAAGAACCGGUUAAGGGAUUGCUGAAUUUUUAUGCCAGCACCAAGCACGAUCUAGUAAAAACACAUAUAAGUAGCAGAAUAAAAACGGAUAUCAUCCAAACCAUUAACGAGGUCCCGAAGAUCACCACUAACAAUUUAAAAUCUACACUACAAAGCGUCUCAAGCUUUCUUGCUAAUUUUGCCCAGGAAAUCGAUAAAAGGCUAGUUAAAAGUGCCCUCACAAAUCUUGCGCAGGAUAUUCAUUCCGAGUUGAAGGCAAAAGACCCUCAAGUGUUCACGGACGGAAAAAAUAUUUAUUUUCAAUCUCCUCUCCAAGGCAUUUUAUCUCUGCUCUCUAUAAGAGCGAAUCAAGUGGCGUCACAACUUGAGAAAUUUAUGAACACGUCCAAUAUUGCCAACGUGGAUGCGGCCUUAAGUAAAGCCACGCAAAUUGGCAUGAGUAUUUACGAUGCAUCACAACCAGAGGGAUUGAUCGGCAAGGCCCUAGCCACGGUGAAGCAACAUAUUAGCGAGUUCGAGAAGAGUCUCACUACGGCGCUUGAAGAUUCGAAGGGCCCCGCCACCUCUACAAUCUUCAACCCCUACAUCACUGUCAACCCUAACACAGUUCAGCUGAGCCACAAUGUCCAAGCGACGAUUGCUGAUAUUUUGGAACAGAAGAUGCCGGAUGCGGAGAGGAUUGCACAGAAUAAAAUCGACUUGACUUCUACACUUGAUAGUUAUAAACAGAAAGAAACGGCGCUCACCGGCGCAAUUAAGAACAUAUUAACGUCUGCAUUCGAUGCAUAUAAUAACAAAGUUUACGAUAAAUACGUCAAAAGCCAAGCCAACGGCAAUUUUAAAGUCGAGGAAGGGGAGUUAUACAAACUGUCGGGCAAUAUCAUUACUAAUCUCAACGCUCUCACACAAGCCAUUUCAGAAACAAGUAGCCUUAUCAACGGGCAGCUAUACAACUUGAGAAACGAGAACAUUGAUAAAAUCUUGGCGAAUAUUAAGAACAAAAUUAAUUGUUUGCAAACCACUGAGUUAAAGAAAGCUAUAAGAGAUGCAGACCAAUUUUUACGAGACGCCGACAUAAUGCGUAACCAUACCAUCAAAUCCCUCACCAAUUACGUCGACUCUCAAGUCUCCUCCGCCAUCUCCACCCUCACCACCGCCGCCCGCCGCAACUACGUCACCUCCGUCAAGCAGCUGCUCCAGGCCUUCGCCGCGAAGGUCACGCAGGAGCUGCAGGAGUUGCCCAAAGAAAUAUAUAAGGACCAGUAUAAGGGCUUUAAAGGCUUCAUGAGGUCUAUAGGCGAACAUAUUAACACGCUUACAAUUGUUAAGGACGAAAAAGAAGUCCAGCAUUUAUCCUCCGGUUUCCACAGUUUUUUCGCGAAUGUUAACAGCUAUGUCGACGACGAAAUUAGAAGGGCACAUAAAGAAAACAACGAUAAGAAAAACGCAAAUAUAUCAAACGAUGAAAAUCUGUAUACAAAGAAAAUUGACAAUGUUUAUGCCGCUUUUGGCAAGUUGCUUCAGCACAUCACCGAUACGAAUAAAUACGACUACAAAGUGCCCCAAAUGCUUGACGAUCUGGAAUCAGCGACAUGUCAUCUCAAGCCGGAAUCCUUCGACAAUCCGAACACGCCAAUAAUGGACGGUGUUCAUAAAGGCCUUCACGAUUUUGCCAAUGAGCUCAAGAAAGCGUGCAUCAGUAACUACGACGGCGCGGAUCCAAUUAAGGUGUGGUUGGAAAAAGAUCCUAAAAGGGAAACAUCUACGGAUCAAGAUGUGCCUGAAAAUAUGAUCGUGACAGCUGAUGGAAAGAAUUGCGCAAAAGUAUUUUUGAGCGUUCUCGAAAUACUGAGCUACGAUCUUAAAUAUUUGAACAAUGAGUGCGAGAAGGAUUGGAAAGACAAGAAACUCUGUCUAAUUCACAACGAUACAGACAAUCCACUUGGUUUGUUCUUACAGCGUUGCGGUUACAAAAUCGCCGAAAACCAAAACUCCAAGGAGGGCGAAUCGCAGUGUAAAACUAGUGUGACCGGUGAAAUAAUUUUCCAGAAGAUUUCGGCAACCACGGCGUCAUCCUCAGUCACAUCUCCUAGCCCUCCCCUCAUGGGUUUCCUAGAUACACUUGUUGAACAUCUUAAACAGUACUAUCGUGUUGGCCACUUAGCCACUAUAGAUUCCAACAGGCAACCGUCUUCCGUGUUCGAGAUGCUUAAAUGGUGUAGCGGCCUGGAGUAUAACUCUGUCUAUAGCCCACUUAAAAAUCACAUAUUGAAGUUGUUCUCAAAACCCGAGAAUGUGGAUGUCCCGAAACCAUCCGACUACAUUCUCAAUGCAUAUCCAUCAGGCUUCUCGGCCCAGAAUAUAUAUGAUGCGCUUGACCGUGUAUGUUCGAAAUCAUAUGUCGUCCUUAGCGCCAUUCUCGGCCACGGUCACGCCGACGGUGUAUACGCCGUGGACUUCAACACUAACGAACAGAAAUUCUCGUACCCUAGCAGUCCCGCUAAAUGCUUCGACUUAUUGGUUGAAUUUUCUUUAAGAUUGUAUCAUCAACUGUCAUUCUUGCAUACUCAGUGCACACGUACAUACGGCGCCAUUAGUUGGCGUGAGUGUUACUACGGUCAGCAGGUGGGCGGUUCCUCAUGGAACUGCAACACUAUGCAAUGCUCUAAGCAAGAUUGUCCUCAAAAGGGCAACCAACAGGCUGACCAAAUGUGUAACCAAAAGGGUGUUCAAACAUGUGACCAGCAUCCUAAGUGCGGGCUUAAGUCUCCGCUUCAGUCUUUCCUAGAAGAUGGGUUGCAAGGCUUCCUGCCGCACCAUUUUUCAAAGGUUGGAUGUGGAGUAGAAUGUUCCCUUGGAAAACACAGGGGAUUACCAUGCAAAACGCCCAUGGGCUUCGCAGACCUCAGUGUAGCUGCAUCUCAUACGAAGACAGGUGCGCACAUUGCAGAGAUUCUUCAAGAAUUUUGUGGCCAGCCUAAUACGCCUCUUGCGUCACUCUGCGCUCAACUUACAUGCUUACUACAACGAACGCCGCAGACACUUGAUGACAUGUUCUCGUUCUACUACCAUCUCCUAAAGGACUGGAAUGGAAAUAACCACAAACGUAGUAUGCAUAAGAAGUAUGCAUUUGAGAACGCCGUCACCGCGGCAUACUUCGGCACAAAAUACCAAGCUUUGGACAUUAAUCCAAUGUUCAAUAACACUGAACACUCAGAUGGUAAUCAUAACAAAGGUGACCUGUUCAGUCUCUACACUUGCUACAGUGGAGAGUCGUCAUCGAUCACCUGUGGUCGCUACCUACAGCCUAUGGGCUUAAACACGUGGUAUAUGUUCUCAAAUAAGAAUGGUGGCAAAUAUCUGUCGUGGAUAGUUUAUAUGACAGAGACAUUCUAUGAUUUACUUAAGAAACUAUAUGAAGAGUGCUGUAACAACUGCACUAAAGCAGGCACCAGAUGCCAUGGUAAACUCUGUGUCAAGGAGUGCAAAGUAAACUCAUUUUAUGAAUCUCAAAAAUCUACGACCGAGAAAACGAAGCCUAUUCAACCAUCGACAGCAAAACAUAAAUCUGACUGCAAAUCCAUCGCAGAAUGCCCCUUCACUCGGCCGACGUUGUCCAAGUAUGGUUUUACCCUGCACAGCGCAUACAACCUCAGCGGUGCAAACGGAACAGUCUAUAAGCGCACAUGUCAGGAUUUCUGCAAGACUCUAGGGAGAGUAAUUAGCGAUGUAAAAGCGGCGAAUGAUGUUCUCGCCAAGCUCAUACAUGAGACAAUUCCAGAAUUCCUCUGGAAAAUCAGGGAACCCUUCUCCCUGACAUUGCUAGCCCUCUGGUCGCUGUCGCUCCUGUACCUGCUGCACAUAACCGUCGUCCGCCUCGACGUGCUGAGGAUACGCUCCCACCUGAGAUCACCCUCAAGCCACCGCAUCGCCGCGCAGUCCCUCCUCGCCGCCGCACGCGUCAAGGCACUCGCCAACGUCAAGUACUUCUCACCAUAA